UUGAUCGUAAAGAGUUUCAGCACCUUCUUCAGCGUUUAUCAGCACUGAAAACCAACGCAACAAGUGCCGCGCGACGUGAAGUUCGAAGCGGAACAGGAUGCCGAAAAUUCGCGAACAUCUCGCAACUAGUGCCACCUGCACGUCAAAAUGUAAAAGCGAAGUGAAAACAGAUGGUGGCGUUGUCUAGCGUCGAAGAAUAAAACAGUUUUCGCUCAGUAUCGUCAUCCUGUUUGCUCUGCGGUUUCUUGACUAACUUCGUCUCGCUUGAGAUAUAAAAACGAGGGGGAAAAAGAUAUACCAGGCGACGUCUUGUGCCGUUCGUUGGGAGCUGUCAAUUUUGACAAAGCACGGAACGAGAUGUCUGACGUUUGUAGAUAACAGUUUAAAAUUGCAACAGUUGACUGAUUUUCUCAAGCGUGAAGAUGUGCGAUUCGAGUAAUAAAAAGCGAUGACGCUUCUACUUCGCGGUAGAUAAAAAAAAAAGAGAAGAAAAUGCACGGUGCAACGAGGUUUUGUUUGUUCGCGAAAAAGAUAUUGCUACUGUUGCUGCUCGUCGUCGUGCGAUAGAAACUGGCUUCAUUCCCUUCUCUACGCUCACCGUUCUUCCAACGAGCUCGGAGGGAUUAUUUGAGUCACUUUGUUUAACAGGCACGCCUAACCUUCGCGUGACUUACAAACUCGUUAACGAGGUUUCUUCUGUUACCCGAGAAAUCGGAACGCGGCUGUGAUCGAAAAUGGCAUGUGUACUGCUCAAUCAGGACAAUGUUCGCAUAAAAAUACCGUCCUCGGAGACGAUCGAGAACGUGACCUACUACGAGAUUGAAGUUACGGUGUCGUCGAUCAAAUGGACUCUGAGGCACAGAUACAACGAUUUCGCCGAACUCCACGAGACCCUCGUGGCCGAGCACUGCGUCGAGAAGGAUAUUCUGCCCCCGAAAAAGUUGAUCGGCAACAAGAGCGAAGGGUUUAUAGAGAAGCGGAGAAUCGCCCUCGAGACCUAUCUCAACUCGGUCUACACCUACCUGAAAAAAGCUAUGCCGAGGGAGCUCGCUUUGUUCCUUGAAUUUCACGUUUACGACAUAUUUUUUCUACUGCAGAACAUGGCGCUUCGAUUCUUCAACGAAGGUGUUACCAUCCUUGAAAAUUCACAGUUUCACACCUUUGAUCUAGUCCAGCUCUACGCCAUCAGCAAACGACUGAAGCAGCCUCGUUCUCCCCUCGAAGUUGUCGAUCGAAAGUUCGACUUUAGCCAUGUCUUGGACUUCAAUUCGCACUUAAGAAGCCUCGUGGUUGAAGGGAGCAGCGCUCCUUACGGUACAAGCAACAUUGUGCCGUGUACUCUUCCAGUGGAAUUUUCUACGUUUAGGAGCGUCGAGAAUCUCACGAUCGAUGGGUAUUCUGUGAACAGGAUUUACAACAUGGGAAAUCUACGAGACACUGUGAAGGUUUUAAAGGUCCACAAUACCUCGUUGAAGAACAUCGUCGAACUUGCGAUGUGCGAAGAGGUUCACAGGCACAUCGCUAAUGCGAACGAUUCUCACCUUUGGUUAAAAGUCACGCAGUUGGAUUUAAGCAGAAAUAGAAUCGAGACUAUCGACGAAGCGAUCAGACUUCUGCCCCACAUCGAAUCUCUGACAUUAAACAACAAUGCGUUGUCCGAAAUAUCGAAUGUUACCCUGCUCCCAAGAUUGUCCGAGCUUCACUUAGCAUCCAACAAUUUUACGUCGUUACCUGACAAUCUGCAUACCAAGUUGGGGAACAUUGUUUUUAUUGACCUUUCGCAGAACAAAUUGAGCUCUUUGUCCGCCUUCGCAAAAUUGUAUUCAUUAGAGGGAUUGGACAUUAGUUGCAACCACAUCGAGGACAUUGAGGAGAUAAAAUACGUCGGGUGUUUGCCCUGUUUGGAGAAUUUGAUGCUCACAGGGAAUCCGGUUUCGACUAUUGUUGAUUACAGAGUCAAAGUAUUACAGCCGUUUGGCAAAAGAGCAGCUGAAAUUUGCUUGGAUAAUGAAAGACCAAACCAAAAGGAAUUGGACACUGUUUCUAUUUUACAAGCGCUCAGAAUAGCGCGAGAAGGUAAACCUGUUGUCUUUAAUGCCAAUGACGAAGCUUUGUUCUCAGCGCAAGUUCCGAGCAGUUAGAUUAGGCGUUACUUCGAAGUUAAGUGCACAUGCAACACGCACUUGUUAUAAAAGUGUCCAAAAAGAAGGAAAAAAGCUAAAGAAAAGAGAGAAAUGCUUCGUCACUCAAAAUUAGACAAUAUUCAGUGCAAAGAGACGACUUUCGUAUGUUGUAGUUGGUAGAUUGGUCGAAAGUUAGAUUUUUAAGUAUUUUUAAUAACGAUGAGCAAUUAGCAUUUUUACCAAUUUCGACAUCAUCAAAGGCACUUUGUCCAGGUUUGUACCUUUUCAUGACCCAUUUUCUAAUUCGUACCAACGUUAGGGUUGUAUUCAACGACAGGAAACUUUCCCCAGAAUCCUGCAUUAGUAUUCUGCAUAACUGUCAGGUUAGUCUAGUCGCAGCUGAUUUUUAAACUACUCGUUACCAAAGGUUAGGAACCAAGUUUGCGAAGUGUAUCAGACUUCUGAUAAACAUUGCAGAACUUAUAAAAUGAUAGAUAAAGUUCUUUGCGAGGCUCAGUCCACUUAGUAUUUAUUAGGGUAUUUUCAUUCUGUGUUUAGCGAGGAUUUCCUUCUCUCUGACUCACCGCAUCCCAUCUAAAGUAAAUAUUAAUAAUUGUUUAUCACAUUGAAUAUUGAACACGAUCAAUUUUCGCAUGUAUGUACAUAGUGAGAGAUGUGCAUUGAAAAGUUUUGUUUCUUUACGCCAACUACUUACAACAAGCAGAUCAUAACUUAGUAAUGUAAAAUCUGAUACAAUAAUCCAUCAGUAUGGGUACAAUGUUAUUUUUCUGACCUUGCAGUCAAUUUUAAUUAGAUCGAUAGUUUGCAAUGAAGUUAUUCUAUUUAAUUGAUUUAUUUAAUUUUUCUUUCAUUUCAAUUCGGUGAUAUCUAUUCAGUAUGCUAUACCAAAACUCAGUAGAUAAUAAGAAUGAAACAGGAAAAGAAAACCAUUGAAAAUAAAGAAUUAAAUGGAUAUCGUUUUUACGACUACAAAGCUUCGGCUGUGUAGACUGAAUUAUAUUACUCACAUACAAUAUCCACAUAUAGUCACGCAUACGAUAUUUACACGCAGUCGGUUAUAGUUAGCCAGGGUAGGUUUGUAGCAGGCAUUCGAAACAAUUCACGGUAAACCCCCCAUAACACUAUUCUCCAUUAUUCUUUUUAUACUCAAUACUAAGACUAGAAUUAAUCUCCAAUAUGUAUAUUUACCACAAAUUUGAUAUUAAUGAUGUCUGAAGUCGUUGUAAUCACACAAUGGAAAAACAAGAACGGAGACUAAAGACGCAUCGAAUAUAAUAUAUUAUUUUAAAAUUGAAAUUCUAAAGAGGAAGAUAGUCGAAAUGAGAUAUAGUGUAAGAUGAAUUACUGUACAUGAAUAUUUUUAUUAAUAUAUGUGUACCUAUAUAUAUAUUAUAUAUAUGUAUAAAUAAUCUGAAUCUAUACAUGCGUCACUAUUAUUCUGUACAUAAAACGAAUCACUAUUUUGUCAAUAAAGUGAAAAUCUGUGAUAUAAAACGGCCUGACUUUUAUCGUAGGGAUCAACACGCGAAUAGAAUAUUGGUAUAACAACGAUAUCGCGCAUGUUACACCGAUGUAAAUGUAAGUACUAUGACCGAUGAAAAUUAAAUUCUGAAUAUGCCGUGACGAUUUUAUUCUUCGCCUUGAAAAUAAGGACAGAAAACAAAAAAACACAAUAAAUUAUAGAUCACCGUCGUCUUAUCUUAAACACCAAUUAACAAUCAGUAAUUAAUAUCGUAAUUGUACAGCGUUUAGCGUAUUUUGUGGAAACAAAUGGAAGAAGCAUGCAUAUACAUAGACAUGUAUUAUACGCAUGUAACGAUGUUCGGUAGAAGCACUAAUCGGCGAUACGACCGAAAACUCUAAUCGGUAACAUGACAUUCCACAAAUAACUUCUUUCUUCUCUUGCAUAUUUCGCCGAAGCAGAAACAGAUAAC